AUGACAGACAAAGUGGGCUCCAGCGUGGAUGUGACAGAGGAGAUCUUUGCCCCACAUGAAGACCACAAGGAGCCCUUCUCAUUUGUACUUCCUCAUCUUCCUUCAUCUUUACCUACACCAGACCCUCUUCCAUCAGAUCAUGUCUACCUGCAAGCAGCAGCCAUUUUUCAGCAGCUGCGCAGAGAGAAGCCUGUCACACAACAGACUCUGCAUUAUGCGAAGAAGACGGACACACCACUGCCAGACAGUGGAGGAAGAAACAUUCAAAGACAAUCCUACCAACUCGCCUUCAACACACUCAAAUACCGAGAUUUACUGGAGGACAUCAUUGCUGACAGCUGCUUCCACACUUCUCAGCAUAUUUCCAGCGACUUGUUGCCACUGGCGAUGGUGAUGCUGUUUGACUUCCAGGACCGAAGGUUUCUGUCACGUGAACAUCUAACAAAGGAAGAGAAGGGGCCUUUUCAGGAAGUCAGGGAAUUGGAGACCAGUCUACACAGGGGUAAAACCAAGCUGGCAGCAUCUCUAGCUCGCUGCAGAGUGAAACAGAAUCUGCAGAGCGUCUCCUGUUUUCUGUCAGAUCCUGUCAGGACCAAACAGCACAGGGCAAAACGUCUGCCAUUUUAUGCAUGGGUGAAUACUCUCAAGGCCAGUGUUGACGAAGUGUGUGAAGCAUUGAUAAGCGCCGGCUUGUGUGAAGUGGAGAUCAUGGCAGACCUCAGUGAGGCGACGUUCUGCAGAGACCCUCUCUGUCCGGACACUCUCGUCUUCUCCCCACAGCUUCACGCUCUGCUGCAGCACAGCAGCCUUACUAGUACACAUGCACUUAACACACAGGAUAGGAGUGUGUGUGUGGCAGUGAGUGCGUUACGCCCCCUGCUGUUUGAUAACGGUGACGUCUUGGCGGUGGGGUCUUUCUCGGCUGUGACCUUGGCUCACAUCGCCGUGGCAGCAGCUGCCCGCUCUGGCCGAGUGUUGCUGUGUGGUACUGAUCACACUCCAUCACAAAUAGAUGAGAUACAAGAACUACUCACACAAAUGGAUAUCAAAAAUGUGCGAGUGCUGUCAGAGGCUUUUUGUGGUUUGGGUGAGUUGGACGCUGCUGUCCAGCGAUUAAAGGUCAUCAUAGUGCUGCCUCAGUGUUCGUCCUCCGCCCUCAAUGACCCUGUGCCCAUCAUGCACAGUGAACAUGGAAACUGGGAUCUAUUGCCGGAAUUGUGUCACAGUUCUGUGUCUCCGGGCAAAAUACACACAAUGGCCGUCCAGCAGGCAAGACUUCUAGCACACGCUCUCUCCUUUCCAAAGGUUCAGACGGUGGUCUACUGCACACGCUCAGUGUAUCCUGAGGAAAAUGAACAGCUAGUGAAAAGAGUGUUAGAGAAGACACACACCCAUCCCAAACUGCUGCACUUCAGGGUGAACGGUCCGAUUUUUCCCAAUGACUCCCAGUCAGGAGAGGCAACAGACUCAAAGUACUUCAGGCUCGAAACGUCACAAAUCAGCAACGGCUGCUUCAUCGCACGGCUGUCCCGACAGGCUGAUCCUACUAAGGUAGAAACAGUCCACGAUGUGCUGGCAAGGGCAGCAGCAAAGGGCCUCCUGGGUGGAAUAAUUCCUGAACUAUCAAAGACCAAUAAAAAGGGGAAAAGCAAGAAGAAUCGAGCAGCGUCAGCCAGCAGCAAACCUUCACCCCCCUCGGGCCAGGACGGUCAAACAGGAAGGGAGCUGGUGGAUGGAGAAAACUCUGUUGCACCUUUAGAACAUGAAGAGAAGAAAGGUGAAUGUGGCGAGGAGGUAGAGGAGGAGAAAGAAGACGACGAGGGAGGAAAGAGGAGGAAAGGGCUUAAAGGCAGUAAGCGUAAGGUCAAGGGAAGAACAAAACAAACCAACAGGAGUACUGUCGCAAAGCAUCAGCCUAACAGUCACAAGAAGAAAUCAGAUAAGGUCAAAGUUAGCCAAUCACAUCGCAAGAGGCGCCCUACAAAGACUAAACAGAGAAGAAUACCUCGUCUCACACUGACGUUAAUAUCCUCUGCUAAACCCUCCAGACACUUGUCUCCAAUCACAGCCCUUGCGCACAAGAUGAGUAACAAUGCAACGAUUAAAUCACAGCAGAAUGUCUUCAACCCCCCCUCUUCUGCUCCACCUGCUCCACCUGCAGCCUCCAGGCAGGUGCAGAUAAUCAACCCUGAGCCUGAAGGUGCAGAGAGAACACUGAAGGAUGCAGUGAGAGCGGAAAGCCCAUUUAAGGUCAGAGGAAAGGUGGAAGGAAAGGUCAGAUCUAAGGUAGAGGAGGCGAUAGACGAAGUGUUGACGCCUGCAUAUUUGGUCCUGCCGCCCAUUACCUCUCCUUCCUGCAACUCUGUUAGCAGCAGAAGUGGUAGUUCCCUCAGUCGGCAUCCCACCAGUACCUCCCACUUUCAUCGCGCCCAGAUAUCUGCAUCCUCCUCCUCCUCCUCCUCCUCCUCCAUCUUUCUGCCGGGAUUAUAG